AUGGCUCUCACCCCAGGGCUGAUGCUAAGAUCAACGUCUCCUGCCACUUCCGAUGACUCCCCUCAACGCGGGCGUCGCGGUCGAGAGCUACAGGAUGAAACCUUGACAAAAGACAAAGCCUUCCGACGCUAUGUUGCGGGCGUGGACAGAGCACUAGGAUUAUUCGAUGCUACCCUUCAAGAAUGGGCAGAUUAUAUCUCUUUCCUGAGCCGCCUGCUGAAAGCCUUCCACACUCAUCCUGGGGGCAUUACGCUCAUACCACGCAAAUACCUCGUCGCAAAACGACUAGCACAAUGCAUGCACCCAUCUUUGCCUUCUGGUGUACAUCAAAAAGCAUUGGAAGUCUGCAAGUUCAUAUUUGGCCUAAUCGGAAAGGAUGGCCUGGCUGAGGAUCUGGCGGUUUACCUACCCGGAAUUGCUUCUACCCUGACAUUUGCCUCUAUCUCUGUCCGAUCACUAUUCUUGUCCUUGAUCGAGGAGUAUGUGCUCAAGCUCCCAACAUCUGCACUUCGGCCAGCUGUAAAGGCAUUGAUCCUAGCUCUGCUCCCCGGCCUGGAAGAAGAAAGUAGUGACGAGUUCGAGAAGACUAUUCAGUUACUCAACCGAUUCAAACAUACAUUCGGUUCUGUCGGACUGGGGCAAGUGUUCUGGCAAAACUUGUUCUUGGCCUCAAUCACGAGCCCAAGUCGGCGGCAAGGCGUUCUGGUCUACUUGAGUCGGUAUCUUCCUAAAUUGAGUAACGCAGUACCCGACUCGGCUGCUUCCGUGAACGAUGAAGAUUCAAAGAGUGUCGAAAUUGCUGCAGUUACAAUCCCAGAACCAGGCCUGUUGUUAAGAUGCUUCGCUACUGGUCUUGCCGACGAGCAAAUGCUUGUCCAACGAGGUUUUCUGGAUUUACUUGUCACACACUUGCCGCUACAUGCGUCACUCUUCCGUCAACACGUCCUCUUGGACGAUCUCCAAUUGCUUAUGUCGGCUGCUGUGGGCGUUGUACUUCGACGGGAUAUGAGCUUGAACAGACGUCUAUGGUCUUGGUUCAUGGGUCCCGAACAGAAAGUCAAGAAUGAGAGCAUUCCAUCCUCCCCAGAUGAUACUGCUCCUGUCGAUGGUCGAAAUAGCACGGUAGACCCUGAUAUGCCUUCGUAUUAUCAGACGUACGGGGUUCAAACCUUGACACAGAGCUUGCAAUCAAUGAUCAAGCUGGAGUCUCGUACACCUUCUACGGUUUCUAGGCCAUUUCGAAUUGGGCUUUCUCUGAUGGAUCAAUGGGAAAUCGGCAAUUCUGUGAUCAACGUAGUUUUUCUGUCCCUGAUUCGAAGUCUUCAUGCGUAUCAGCAAAUUGCCACUUCCAGAGAGGAAUUUGGGGAAGUCUUCCGCAGCGCCAAUGUCUUCUUUGAUGGGGUAGAAAGCACUCUCAUCUGGUCCAGAAUGCUCGGUCUUGUUCUUGCAGACGGAAAAGCGAAGGGAGAUAUUCUACAUGACUUGGAUCUUGCGACAUUCGUCAUUUCCAACUUCAACGUGAGAGAGGAAGAGAUGGUAGUGCUGCAUAUACCCUUGGUGUCGUUAGCUAUGCUCGAAAAUCUCUCUCAAGUGGAGGAAUUCAAAACAAGCAAUGCUUCACCUGUUUGCGAUCGUGAAGUACAGUGUGCGAUGUUUCAUGUCCUCACCCGUAUGAUUGAUAUGAUACCGGAACGUGCUUUUACGUCAAAAGGCAGUUCGUCGGGAACGCCUACUGGAACGCCUACUUGUGCGAUAAAAGAGAUGGUCAAGUCAUUUUUCGACCAUAAUCAAGAUGCUGCACAGGCGUCGCAGCUGCCAAUCUUUCCAACAAUGUUGGGUCAGCACUUUCUUCAGCUCCUGACGUCUAUGAUAACCAAACAGAUGCGCUUUGACACGGAUGGCUCUGACCUCUCGCGCAGCGUCCAAGUAUUGUCACUUCUCCUUACGAAGCUGCCGUCAUAUGAUGGCCUUGGCGGAUCCGUCCUUGUCAGGGCUAUAGAGGAACGUCUUGCUCUUGAAGCCGAAUUACCCUUUGCCGUAGUAUCUUCUGCCACAGCUCUUGUAACCAACUUUUUGGUUGCCAAUCCUCCUAAUCACAUUAUCCAGGCUGAUGAUGUCUUACAAAUCGUUCCACUACUUGUUCGGCGGCUUUGGACAUAUCUUUCAUUCUCUUCUCCUCAGCAACACAUUGAAACCGUACAACUUCUUGAAGACAUCCAACAUCUCGUCUGGAAGGAGGAGUUAGUGACAAGCACGAUAUUGGGAUUGCUUGUUGGAGCCGAUGCAGAUUUAGAUGAGUCCUAUCAUCCCAACAAAGAAGCCUUCGAGCGAUUUGCGACGCUCUGGUCUCACAGUCAUAAGGCCGCCAAAGCCCUUGCAAGAUCGAAUGGUGGAGCCCUAGCAUCAAGACAUGGCGUACGGAAAGGAUUGACCGACGACCAUCAACAACAAUCAACAAGUGGAUUUUCAUCCAUGCUGAGCCAAGCGAUGAUAUCCGUUCUCAAUGUCCUCCGAGGGCCUGAAACGGAGGUUUACGUAGUAUGUCGUGAUUGGUUGCAAAACCUUGCAGAUCUCUCUAGGGUUUUCGACACGGUGAUCGCAUCCAUCAAGAAGUCGUUAAGCUCCGAUACAAAAGAUUCUGCUUCACUCGACAAGAUUGAGGCUGGCAGUGAUUUGAUGGAUGUUCUCAACCAACUUGUGGCUACACAGUCGAGAGACCAAUGGGUGAGGUUUGCGCUUCAACCUGGGACCACUUCGAACAACCAUCAGUCUUUCAAGGCAAGAGCAUCCGGAACCGAGUCGGUUCAGACCACUGUGGCAAAACUCUGUCAGGAGGUUAUCCAGAAGCAUGAGCUGCAUGGCGAUCAGCUUACAUUUCGACAAAUCUUGCGUCUGCAGCGAGCUACGCUCAAUCUGCUGCGACAACUUUUCAGCAGGUCUAAUAAUGAGCCAUUGAUCGAACUGCAGAUUGAUCAUCUACUCGUAGCUCAACUUGGCAGAUCUGUAGUCCUCGAGGGUCGGCUCCUUCAAUCAGAUCUCCUAGACACUCUUCUGAUCUUAUUGACUUCAAAGGUUAAUGUCAGGAGAGAGCGUGAAGCAAAGCGUGACCCUUCUAUGGAGGAAGAACGCCCGGAAGAUCGUCCGAAAUUGAGCAACACUUCCAUCUCAAGUAGAAUCACACUUUCCACUCAACAAAUUGACACUAGCAAAUUGUUGGAAGCACCGGAUGAUCUUUUGACCUGUCUCCUGAAGGGCAUUGCGAAUUCAUCUUCACGAGACGUGAUACACAAAUGGGUUCAACUUGUCUGUGAGAGCAUUUAUUUCUACACUUCAUACAUUUUCAACAUAUUGAUGAAGAUGGUCGAGACUUUCUGCAAACAGAUCGAACUUUGCUUCGUGGGCAUGAAGGCACAGUAUGAGAAAGAAUCCUUGGUGGAGACGAACUUUGAAACGCCGCUUUCGCAUCUUCUCAAUGGACUUGACUUUGUAUUAGCCCGAGCACAUGAACAACUUCUGGCUGAAGAGGAUGGUUUGUCUACAAACAACAGUCCGGAACCACAGCAAGGGUUCUUCGGAGCCAUGGUGUCUGGAAGUCUGUCAAGACAAGCUCGCAACAACACAAACAACAACCGGCUGACCGUCAUACUUUGCUUUCAAGAUGCACUAAACACGUGUUUCAAUAUUUGGUCCUGGCAAAGCUUGAACUUGGAUUCUUCGGACACUCUGGCAUCCUUUCAAUUUGCCUCGCAGAAAAUUCGUGGUCGCAGUCGCAGGAUUCUUGAACAUCUAUUGUCAGCAGAGCCACUAGAAAGCAUCGAGGCGCUAGCGCACAUCUGGGUGAAAGCCAUUGCAGAGAACGACACCAUCAGAACCGAAUCGCUGUUGGGCCUUGUGCACACACUGGAGGGUUCGCGACCUGGGAUCACCAUGCCAGCAAUUUUCAAUGCAAUAUAUUCUCGAACACAUCCAAGUGUCCUGGUUCUGAGCCAAAAGUCGACCCUUUCUUCGAAUCUGACCGAGUCGGAUCUGGUUGCAUUUCUGAGUGUGUACGCGCAAUCUCUAGAGGAUGAUGUUCUUGAAGAAAUCUGGAAGGACUGUACAACUUUCCUUCGUGAUGUCCUGGGCAAUCCUAUGCCACACCGACAAAUUUUGAUCCGACUGAUCCAUUUCAUUGCCAUUCUGGGUGGAAAGAUGGAGAAUACCAAUUUCGGUGAAGAGCGGAAGAUGCGAAGGGAACUAGCUGACCUCUUCAUACGUCUUCUGACAGCAAUUUUCACCAUUAAGCCGCAGAGUUCGUCUCGGGAGAAGACGUCUGUUGACUUUGCUGGAUUUGGCUCCGAUACUGUUGAACAGGCCCUUGAUCAGAAUUUUGCGGCUGUUUCUGCAUUGCUGGAAGAAUCUGACCGUCUCGUUCCUGUCAUAACUCACAUGGUGUCUAACAUUAUUACUCCCUUAUUUCGGUCACGCCAAUUUCCCCAAAUUAUGACCCUCACAAGCCUCAACCUUCUGCUCAAGAUUUCAAAGAUCCAGAAUGCAUCGAAAGCUUGGAAGAAGGAGCUGACAGAUUCCUUUAAUGAUCCCAAAUUCUUCUCCUCUCCACUAUCGAUCGUCAAAGACGGCUGGCUUCAACUCCUACGUCAGCUAGCGUUUAUCGAGAAAACUCUUCUACCCGAGCUUCUAUCACGGCUCAAUUCUCCAACAGCAGCUGGAAUCAUGUUUGGAGUUGGAGCAACCGCAGCUCGAUUGGAAGCGGACAAAAAAGCCCAGCUCAACCUUCGACGGAUAUGCUGCAUAGUACUAGCAGUUGAGUACGAUACAUUUGCCACACACCUCAGCAUGCUGCAGGCAAAGCUUGAAGAAUUAUUCACAGCAUCAUCCAUAUCCUCACCCAGCUCCACAACCCGUACAGAGAUCUACAUGGUGAUUCGUGCAUUAAUUCUGAAGUCUUCUGCAGGACAAAUGGCAAGCUUCUGGCCGCUACUCAACACCGAACUUCGACCGGCAUUUAGCUCCAUCUACGACGACAACGAGGAUCAGACCUACAACAAUUACUCCCUCCUACAAGCCGCUAAACUUCUCGAUGUACUGCUCUUGACAAACCCGGAGGACUUUCAACCACAAGAAUGGCUCUUCGUCACGGAUACAGUCGACGCCGUUUACAGGCCUGAAGAUUGGCAUCCGACAGCCCUGAUCGAUGAAGUUGCACAAGCUAUGAUGGAAAACGCAGAAUCCAACAUUUCAACUAAACCACCUCUUUCAGCAACUGUCAUGCUAGCCCCACCAGAUGAGAACGACCACAACAGCCUCCGUAAGCCCUGGCUGAGCGGCGAUCAAACACGAAAUAUCACUGAAGCGGAGAUUCCAGAGGCGCUAUUAAGACCCUUCUUCGGCCAGUUAAGCAUCCAUGUCUACGAGCGGACUUAUAGUCUUAGUGAGCCGGAUAUGGAGGCCUGCAGGGAGGAUUUGUUGAGGGAUUUGUUUGACGAGAGGACUUUGGUUGGUUCGUGA